GUACACAUAUUCUUUUUUACAUUAGUUUUAAUCCAUCAUAUUAUUCACGUAGGUGCAAAUAUCCUCAGCCACUAGUACCUAUGCCACUGCUCGCACUGCCCUCAGAUUAUAUAUAUACACCCAUACAUAUUUACUUACACCUUCGCUUAAUCUUGUUUAUUGCGCAGAGAGAGAGAGAGAGAGAGAGAGAGAGAGAGGGUUUGGGUUGGGCUCAGUUCUUGAACUCCAAGUUACAAAUAUAAAGAGGGUGUUUGUGAGGGAAGGGAUAAACCCAAAAACAGGAGGGGCCAAUUUCUCCCUUGCAGUUGCAGUCUUCCUUACUUAUAACAGUCAAACUUACAGAGGGAUAGAAAGAGAUAGUAGAAAUCUGAUAUUUUAGAGAGAGAGGGUCAGGUCUGCUGCUGUGUGUUUUGUGUGUGUGUGUGUGUGUUUUUGUGUGGUGGGGUGGAUAUAAAAGAGAGAGGCAUGCAGCAGCACCUGAUGCAGAUGCAGCCCAUGAUGGCAGCCUACUAUCCCAGCAACGUCACUACUGAUCACAUUCAACAGUAUCUUGAUGAGAACAAAUCGCUGAUUUUGAAGAUUGUGGAGAGCCAAAACUCGGGAAAGCUGAGUGAGUGUGCUGAGAACCAAGCCAGACUACAAAGAAACUUGAUGUAUCUCGCCGCCAUUGCUGAUUCACAGCCUCAGCCACCAACCAUGCAUUCUCAGUAUCCCGGAGGCGGGAUGAUUCAGCCGGGCGCGCACUACCUGCAGCAGCACCAGCAGGCGCAGCAGCAGAUGACGUCUCAGUCGCUCAUGGCGGCGCGCUCCUCGAUGCUGUAUGGGUCCCAGCCGUACCCGUCGCUGCAGCAGCAGGCCCUGCACAGCCAACUCGGGAUGGGCUCGGGCGGCCUGAUGCUGCAGGGCGAGCCGGGGGCCAGCUCGGGGGGCCUGGGAGGCGGCGGCUUCCCGGACUUUGUGAGCCGCGGCGGCGACGGGGGGAUGCAGUCGAGGGGGAUGGGAGGGAAGCAGGAUAUGGGGGGCAACGGCGGCGGAGGUGAGGGGCGGGGUGACGGAGGCGAGACGCUCUACUUAAAAAGCUCCGAAGAUGGGAAUUGAGGUUGAGGUAAGCGUGGUUUGGUUGUUUAGGUGUGAGGAAGAGUUGCUACUUGUGAACUUGUAAUCUAAUUAGCGGAAACAAACUGUGAUUUGGUAUGGAAUGUGACCAUCUUAUCUUAGACCUACUUCUGCUACUAUCAUAUAAUGUAAAUUUCUAGUUUUAA